CGUUCACAUAUUCAAAAACCAGAAUUAGAAUUUGGAGAGAGAGAGAUGGAGGGUCUGUGCUGUGUUGUUACAGGGGGAAGGGGAUUCGCUGCUCGCCAUUUGGUUUCUAUGCUUUUAGCAUCCCCCAAGUGGUAUCUGCUUCGAAUAGCUGAUCUCCCCACUUCUAUCCAAUUUGACGAUGGAGAAGAGGACUCAAUUCUCGGCCAAUCCCUGCGAUCUGGUAGAGCCCUAUACAUCUCCAUGGAUCUUUGUGAUAAAGCCCAAGUCCUUCAAGCUUGUCAAGGGGCAGAUGUUGUAUUCCAUAUGGCUGCUCCGAAUUCAUCAAUCAACAAUUACCUGCUUCACUAUUCGGUCAAUGUUCAAGGUACAAAAAAUGUGAUUGAUGCUUGUGUUGAGUGUAAAGUAAAAAGGCUGAUUUAUACCAGCUCCCCCAGUGUGGUCUUUGAUGGCAUUCAUGGGAUACAUAAUGGGGAUGAGUCAUUGCCAUAUCCAGACAAGCACAAUGACCACUAUUCAGCAACUAAAGCAGAAGGAGAGGCACUUGUUUUGAAUGCAAAUGGAAAAGAAGGGCUUCUAACUUGUUGUAUACGCCCUAGCAGCAUUUUUGGUCCUGGUGACAGACUUCUGGUUCCCUCUUUAGUGGCAUCUGCAAGGUCAGGAAAAUCUAAGUUCCUCAUUGGUGAUGGCAAUAACAUGUAUGAUUUUACAUAUGUCGAAAAUGUGGCACAUGCACAUAUUUGUGCAGAGCAAGCCCUACAUUCUCUACGUCGUAGUGAGGAGACAGCAGCUGGGAAGGCAUAUUUUAUCACAAACAUGGAAGCCAUAAAAUUUUGGGAGUUUAUGUCAUUGAUUCUGGAAGGGCUGGGUUAUGAAAGGCCAAAGAUUAAAGUUCCGGCAUCUGUUGUGAUGCCAAUUGCACACAUAUUGGAGUGGAUGUAUGGGAAACUAGGUCGAUAUGGAAUGAGUGUACCUCAGGUGACACCUUCACGUGUCAGGCUUCUCACCUGUAAUAGAACUUUCAAUUGUUCAAGAGCUAAUACUCUACUCGGAUAUACACCUAUCGUGCCACUUGAGGAAGGUCUGAAAAGGACAUUGGAGUCCUAUCCUAAUCUGAGGGCUGAGCAUAAAGCGGAAAGAACAUCAUCAAAGGCUUCUAUGUUACUUGGAGGAGGAUGGGCUGCUGACAUAUUACUAUGGAAAGAUGUGAAGCAGACACUGGGGAUUUUGCUAUCUUUCUUUCUCUUUUACUUUUACUUUUUUCCCUCUGGAUCCACCUUCAUCACUGCUGUUUCAAAGCUUUUUCUGGCGAUGGCUGUUUUCUUAUUCAUCCAUGGCCUGUUGCCUUCAUCAGUAUUGGGCUACAAAAUAGAGAAACUUCAGGCAUCAUCAUUUCACAGCUCAGAAGAGUUGACACGUCAAAUUGCUGCCUCCAUAGUUUGUACGUGGAAUUCUAUGGUGGGCAUUCUCAAGUCUCUUUCCCGGGGAAAGGAUUGGCUUCUUUUCUUCAAGGUUGUCAUCAUCCUCUCAAUUCUCAACAUCAUGGGAAGAGUUUCGAUGCGGAGCCUACUCGGAACAGGUAUCCCCACAAUGUUUGUAAUUUUUUAUAUCUACGACAAAAAGGAGGAACAAAUUGAUGGUCUGGUUCAGAAGGCCAUGGCUUAUGUUCUACGACUGAAGACAGAUCUCACCUUCAAAUUCUAUGCUGCCAGGAAACAGUCCUAAUUUUUUGAGCAUGAGUAACUAAUAGUGCGAUUGGGUUUGCAUCUCUUUAAUUAUAAAAAAAAGAAAAAAAUUGUCUUUGCAUCUUUUUCCUCGUACCCAUGAGGAGCUCAUGCUUUCCAAAGUACUUCAAUCUUUGCCCUUUAACAUUUUAUGUUGCCUCAUUGGAGCUUGAAUGUUCACUUGCAAAUGAGGAGCAUCAGAAGAAGCUGAGGAAUGUGCAGGUCUUUGUGUUGGUACAUUAUGGUUUCUCCACUUGCGAUGAUUAUGGUACCUCGAGCUUUUGCUUGGUCUGGAGUGCUGUAAAAAGCUUUAAUUUAAUUUACAUUUCUCUUUUUAGCUCUUAUUAUUACAAACUUUGGUUUAUGUUGAUUUCAGUGAUUAUAUGGCUUGCGGUGCCUUUAUCAUACUGAAGUUUGUCAAACUAACCACCCUCUGCCUUCAAAACCUCAGUACUCUUUAGCACAUAUCAUCUACAGUAUGAUCUAGAUGUGGAUUAUGCCUUGUGAACAUCAAGGGAAUGAGAUUGGUUGCUCUUUGAGUUCUUGGAUCUUA